CGGCCGGGGGCGGGGCGCGGGGGUGCCGGCCGGGGGCGCCCGCUCCUCCCCCCGCGAGCGGCCGGGCUGGCGGCGCCGAGCCCCCUGCGCGCGGCACAUGGGGCGCUGGACCGAGGCGGCGGCGGCGGGCGGCGGCGCUUCGGCUGCGAGCUCGGCAGGGCCCCCGUGCACCCCCCUUCCCCUCCCGGCCUCCUCCCCCGGCGGCGCGGCCACCAUGGCGUUCAGCGAGGAGGACGGCUCCAACGGCGGCGCCUCGGAGGCCAGCGAGGAGAGGGAGGCCCCCGGCAGGAGGAGGCGGCUGGGCUGGGCGGCCACCGCCUGGCUCACCUUCUACAACAUCGCCAUGACCGCGGGGUGGUUGGUUCUAGCUAUUACUAUGGUGCGUUUUUAUAUGGAAAAAGGAACACACAAAGGUUUAUAUAAAAGUAUUCAGAAGACACUUAAAUUUUUCCAGACAUUUGCCUUGCUUGAGAUAGUCCACUGUUUAAUUGGAAUUGUACCUACUUCUGUGCUUGUGGCUGGGGUCCAAGUCAGUUCCAGAAUCUUUAUGGUGUGGCUCAUUACUCAUAGCAUAAAACCAAUCCAAAAUGAGGAGAGUGUGGUGCUUUUUCUGGUCGCGUGGACUGUGACAGAGAUUACUCGCUAUUCCUUCUACACAUUCAGUCUUCUCAACCACUUGCCAUACUUCAUUAAAUGGGCCAGUGGCAAUAACAUCAAUAACAACUUAAUGUGCUCUGUGCCAACUGCAUGGUCGAAAUGCAGGCAUGGGCACAACAAAAUCUCUGUCCACUCAAGAUGGAGGAGGCAGAACGAAACCACUAACAGCUCUGUGCAAUGCCAGGGAGUAAGGAGUUCAAGGAGGCACAGGAUAAGGGAUGUGCAUCUCCUAUACAUCUGUCCCAUUAGAUAUAAUUUUUUUAUCAUCUUAUAUCCUGUUGGAGUUGCCGGUGAACUUCUCACAAUAUAUGCUGCCUUACCACAUGUGAAGAAAAGUGGAAUGUAUUCAAUAAGACUUCCUAAUAAAUACAAUAUCUCUUUUGACUACUAUUAUUUUCUUCUUAUAACCAUGGCCUCAUAUAUACCAUUGUUUCCACAGCUCUAUUUUUACAUGUUACGUCAAAGAAGAAAGGUGCUUCAUGGAGAGGUGAUUGUAGAAAAGGAUGAUUAAAUGACCUCUACAAACAAGGUGCUUUUUCCAGAAUAACCAGGAUUACCUGAGUCCAAGUUUUAAUUACAAGAAUAAACAACUUCAUGAAAUACUA